UUAUUUAGUAUUUAAAUAUGUUAGCAAUUGUUGCUUUUGAAAAUACUUGCGAAACAGAUUAUGUUCCGUUGAAAUGGCUUGAGGGAGUGGAUGCUAAUAAUAUCCAGUUAAUGAUUACAAAUCAUACAUCAGUAAAAUGCCAUUGGCCACCAUUCAAAAAUCCAAACACUGUCUCUAAAGCAAAAAAUAACAGCCAUGAUGCAGAGAUAAAUUGGCCGAUAUAUAAGGCAAGAGUGCUGGGAUUAGCUGACUGUUUGAACAAUGCUCGUCAAAAAGUAAAAAUGGCAGAAAACACAUCCAAUUUAGAAAAUGUAUUUGAAGAGAGAAUAGAAAAAAUUCCAGGACUUUUCAGGAAAAACAAAAGAAGACGAGUGACAAAGAUUUGUUACGAGAGAGAAACAGAAAACGAGGAAUCUGAAAAUGAUCAAUUGUAUAGUGUAGAACCAAAAAAGAAGAUGUUGGUAAAUUCUGCUCUUGUUCAAAAGCCACAGCAACCCUGCAAGCUCCCAUCAAACAACAAAUCCAGAGUUGGCGAUCAGUUGCAACACAAUGAAAAUUCCAAUGACUUCAACAUAUGGAAUAGUAAAGAAUUUUCACCUCCUAUUGUUUCAACUGCUGAAAGGGCAACAUCGCUGUCAAUGUUAAGUUCUUCUACUGCAGGCUCCAGUUUAAGUCAAACUGCUAACCUGCAAACAGUAUUUAAUUUAAUAGCAACUUUGGUUAGCAAUGUUGAGGAAAUUAAAAAAACUCUAAAGGUGCAUACAUCACUAUUACAUUCUAUUAAGCGAAAAGUGUUAGUUACUGAAGAAUUAUUAUUUGAUUUACCUGAAGAUAUAAAGUUGCCACUGACGUCUAUAGCAGAAGUAGAAACAUUAGAGGAAAAGUUGUUUUGCGUAGAAAAAAAAAAAACUCUUGCAAAACAUAUAUCAGACAUUGGUGGUGAGGAUCUACAAAAUUUUGUCAUGAGAGCGAUGCCAGUUUUACUAGAUGGUCAGCUUGCUCGUCAAUUCAAUUUGACAGGGCAGAAGGGAAAAAAAUCGUUUAAAGCACUAUUGCUUUGUCAAGUUUUUUUGAGCGCUGUGAAACUAAACCUAAAUACUAAUCAAUGCAAUAAUAAAGAUAUUAAAAUAGAGUUAUCAAAAUAGUUUUCAAACGCAAGAGAUCGUGGUACUGACGGUCGCCGAUAUUUAAAUACGAAAGCUACAACGACGGCUCCCAGUUCAGAUUAAUGGACAAAAAAAAAUAUUUAACGUCUUUCAAGAAUUGUUUUGUUUACUCAAUUUUUUAAAUAAAGAACAAA